GCUUUUUAUAACAUUACCCUGCUGUUUUGUUUCAUAGCGAGUUGGCUAAUUUGUUAGGACGAGUUUUAGUGAUUUUUGCGUCCUGGUAUAGUGUUGACUUGUGUCAUGUUUGUUACUGAAAAUAAAUAACGAUAUUAAUGAGGCUAAAGCUCUCCCACCCUGCUGUCAAAACAGGCUAGUAGAUAGCUAAAGCUAAGUUAGCUAACUGGCUGGCUAGUACAGCGCUAAUUCUGAAUGAGCCUGGCUAACUGUUAGCUUAGCUAAAGGAGUUUUUUUAAUAAAACCUCCUUCUAACAGUUUCUUGGCUGUUAAAACUGCGCGUCCAUAUUUUGUGGUUAUAUUUGAGCAGGGGUAUUGCUCUUUGGCUCUAUAUUUAUUAAUGCUUUUGUCCUUUAUUAUCACACUGUGCAGAAAUACAGCGGUUGCUAUGUUAACUAGCGAACUUAGCUAGCUUAGCAUUAGCUGCGUCCCCAGUCCCUAGCUAAGCUAUCUGUAGGUUAGCUAGCAGAGCUAACGCUAAGCAGCUGCCUGGCGACCGUCUUCUCUUGACCAGCCUGACUGACGGUUUCAGUAGUGUGUCAGUGUGUCCUCAGACAAACCGCGUGAUAAGUAACGUUCAACACUUAGUUCAACUUCUCCAAAUGUCUAGAGAACAUUGAGCGGCAGCAGCGAAUUUAUCACAUGUAUCUGGAACACAAAUACGCGGGCAGCCGCAUAGGACUUGGUGUUUUUGGGAUCAUGGGUGAGAAUGGCCCUCUCACUGAGACAACCAUGUUCUUUGAGGAGGAUGAAGAUGAGGUCGACAAGCUGGGCCAAGAGGAGGAUGAUGAGGACGACAAAAUGGCAGAUUCAGAUAAAGAAGACGACCUGAUAUCAGAGACCCCUUCAUCCUCGACAAGGGUGUAUGAUCGCACCACGGUACUCAUAGAGCAGGACCCUAUCCGGCUCGACGAGGAAGGAGAGGAGGAUGGCCACUGUGGGCAAGACGAAGAUGGCAUGGUGUUUCUGGCCGAUGGAGAUGAGGAAAGGUCCCUGGCCUUCAUGGCAGACCCAGACGGCAUGUCACAGGGCUACAUACAUCACACCAUUUCGCCAGACCAAAUCCAGUUCAUCAUUAACCCUGGAUCUACACCCAUGCCUCGCAACAUUGAAGGAGCCACGCUUACACUGCACUCAGAAUGUCCAGAGACCAAGCAGAGAGAGGUGAAGAGGUUCCAGUGCAUGUUUGAGGGCUGCACACGCACCUACAGCACAGCAGGAAACCUGCGAACACAUCAGAAAACACACCGUGGUGAAUACACCUUUGUGUGCAACCAGCAGGGCUGCGGCAAAGCCUUUCUCACCUCCUACAGCCUAAAGAUCCAUGUUCGCGUCCACACGAAGGAGAAACCUUUUGAGUGUGAUGUGCAGGGCUGCGAGAAGGCCUUCAACACACUUUACAGGCUGAAAGCACAUCAGCGACUUCAUACGGGGAAGACAUUUAACUGUGAAUCAGAAGGAUGCACAAAGUACUUUACCACACUAAGCGAUCUGAGGAAGCACAUUCGUACACACACCGGAGAAAAGCCGUUUCGGUGUGAUCAUGAUGGCUGUGGUAAGGCUUUUGCUGCUAGUCACCAUCUGAAAACACAUGUGCGGACACACACUGGAGAGAAGCCUUUUUUCUGCCCGAGUGACGGCUGUGAGAAGACUUUUAGUUCACAAUACAGUCUAAAAAGUCACAUUCGGGGCCAUGAUAAAGGCCCACCAUACACAGUAAACCUCACCCAUUCUCUCUCAGAGGAUGCAAAUCACUCACUGUGCCUCAGUGAUUUGAGCCUAAUUUCCACAGACUCUGAGCUCAGAGAGAAUGUCAACAAUUCACAGAGCUUGGAUCUGAAUAACACCACUCCUGUGAGGAUAUUUGAGUUGAUGUUCCAGAGCCCUGAAAACAGCGUCAGUCAAGACGAUGCACAUCCCUCUGAUAACCUAGUGGAGGCUUUUGGCUUGGAGACACCAUCGCAGCCAGCUGUGUCGGACACAUCUGCUCUGCUUUCUUACCCUCAGCUGCCUUCAUCCUCCUCAUCUUCCAACUCUCUCAACACCCCUGUCCUAGAGAACUCCACUCAGACUGGCGCAUCCUCCUCUCAGGCAGAAUCUGCCAGCAACUGUACGCACACGUCUUCACCGCCAGCCACCUUUCCCUCGGUCCUCCAUACCUCACUACGGAUGCCAGAAGUGCCCGCUCCCCCUGCACCUGCUGCCACUCAACACUACUCACCCAUGCUGCCCCCAGCACAUGCUAACUCCCUGCCAGUCUCCAACUCCGCCGUGGCCAGCAUUCCCAACCCUGCUUUAGCGACAGCCAUCACCACAGCGACAGCGGCAGUCGUAACACAAACAGUGCCUUUAGCAGGCAAUGCCAGCCUGGCCCCCACACCCACCAUUACCAUUGCCCCCACACAGGGUCUCCUGCAGCCCAGCCUCGUCAUGGACCAGAACCUGCAGUGGAUCCUCAGCAGUGCUGCUAAUGCACAGCAAAACCCUGAACAACAGGGACCCAAAGUGGAGAAGGUCUUCUUUACAACAGCCAUACCUGUAGGUGGACCUUCAGGGAAUCCUGUGCAGCAGAUAGGCCUUAGUCUCCCAGUCAUCAUAAUUAAGCAGGAGGAGUCGUGCCAGUGUCAUUGUGCCUGCAGAGACUUGGUUAAAGAAAGGAGCUCCAGCCAGAGUGCUACCUCCUCACAGCAGGAGCCUACAGACACUUCGCCUCCCCCUCCUGCUCCUCCAUCUCCCCCGCCCCCACCACCGCUACCACUGCCUGCAGAGGCAACUCCACCGUGUUGUUCCUCCGAGGUGAAUCCUACACUUCCCCAGACACUGACCCAACCUGGAAAUCACUCUGCCUCAAGUCAGACAUUCCACACCACGGCCAUAGCUUCCAGCACUCCCACAGACAGCUUGGCCAGUGUAGAUGUGGUGGACCUCCUUAGCCCUGAGACCACAGCUAAUAUUGAGGCUCUGCUCUUGGUUGCUGAUGAGUUGUCCAUGACUGAGGGCGGCAGCAGCAACAGCACCUAAAGAAAGCUAAGGAUCACCAUCCCUCUCUCCUAUUUGAGUUUUAAAAAACUUUAUAUACCUUACUUAGUUUUGUUCUGACGCAUAAGAGUAUGCUCUGUAAACCAGGGGAUCAGAUUUCUCAGAGUAAGAAUCUCUCUAAGAUCAUUUUUGUUUGUUCAUAUUCUCUUGAACUAGAUGCUUAAUAUAUAUGUGAGCCUUGAGCUAGUAUUUUAGUCGCAGUGCAUUCUGAUUAGUUUCCACAUGCGCUCUUACUGACAAUGAAAUUACCCAAACUUAGAAUGAGAUUUGUAUGAGGUCACUGGUUGGUAGUUACUUCACCUUUUGCACUGUAUCAGUCCUUCCAGACACCCUUAUGAUAUGCUAAUGAUUUAUUUUGACCACUGUAACAGUCCUGUAAACCUGGCCAUCAGAUGACCAAUACAGUAGUGUAUCAGGGAAAGUAAAAACAUGCAAAAUAUUGAAUAACAAAUGUCUUCAGAUUUUACAAAAAAAAACAGCAAUAUUGCAAACCUUAAAUGUUUUCAGUGUAAAUCAGGCUACUUAGUUUGGAGUAGAAUAGGAGGUUUUAAAAGGUACAGGUCGGUCACAAGCGGCAAGGACCUAAAUGCACUGAGGGCUACUGAACUGAUUAAAAGACAUUCAUCUGUCAUAUGUAUUGUCAGCCAGUCACACUGAAAUAAUAAUAAAUAAAAAAAAACAGUUGUGAACGAAUGAUUGGCCAGCAUGUCCUACACAAAAUUGGCAUAUGUAGCACUUUGGAAGAAUGAAGCCCUUUCAGUUAAUGCAGUCAUUCUUUCAAGCCCAGCACAUGCUGUAAGGUAUGAAUAGCAUAUUAUACGUAAUUUAUUAGAAAGACUACAGUAGCCCAAGAAAUGUGACGCUAAUGUAAUCUUGAAGCAGUUUCUCUCAACAGAAAGGAGUGACAAAUUGCUUGCCUUUAAAUUGUAACUGAUGGGUAUGUUGGUUGGCUGCCUGUAACUAGUAUUUAAUUUUUAUAUGUUAAUUUAUUGAAAUCUCUCAUAUUAGAUUAAUGCAGUAAUUAUUUCCACAACCUAGCCCAUAUUUUCACUUCAACUUGGUGGACCAAGUUAGUUUCUUUGUCUUUGGUGGAGUCCACCCAUCUAGUACUUUUACUUUCUUUUUCUGUCCUUCUUGCCUUUGAGUUGCAGGUCAGGCAUGUUAAUGGAGUUACCCAGCCCUGUCCCUGCUUUAUUGUUACUGAAUUGAUUUGAGCCUUUAUUGACAUUUCAUCUUGUUCUUGUUCGUGUUCUUGCUUUCUUUUUUUAAGUCUCACUAUGUGGCUUGCUCAGGGAUACAGGACAUCAAAGCAGAGUAAUACAUGUCUGUGCUGUCCCUGAAAUGACAUAAAAGUAAAUGAGGACUGUAGGAGUGUGAUCUGUUUUACCUGCUUGUACGUCACCAAGCCAAGGUUUAGAUAAAACCAGAGAAACAACUAGUUAACUUGCCUGCACUAGCAAGCCUCCCCCUGUUUAUACACCACUGCUGUAAGGAGAGGUUUUAAGGAGCUGAUUAUAUUGUAAAUAUAAUGUAGUACAUUUGAAAAUUAUAAAUGUUUAAGCCCUUAGAUUGUAUUUGUAUUUUUGUAUAGAAAAACAGGGGCGAUCACACUUUGGGUGGGUUUGAAACGGAAGACAUUACACACUGCACUGCCCUUUUCUUUGCAACCCACCUGUCAGAAAUUUGCCAUGCAGUAAUGCUUUUUUUUUUUUUUUUUAAUCUUUCAUCUACAAAGAAAGUGUGCACUAUGAUGAGGAGAAGCUGACCAUAAUCUCCCACACCCUCAGCACCACCUGCAGGACACAAACGGCCUUAAUAUUUUGAUGCAGAGUGGCUUUAAGACAUCCAUUUGCCACAAAAUGUUACCACCCACUCCAACACAUGGCAUUCAGGAAGAGCAAACUGACUAGAUAUCAGUCACUCUCUGAUUUUUUUGUGUGUGCCAAUGGUUAUUGUUAAUGUUAUUUAUGUAACAUUUGUGUUGGUAAUGAUGUUAAGUUCUAACUGUCUUUACAUUCUUAUAUAUUGUUGCAUUAAUUUCUUGUAUCUCCAAAAUUACGACUUCACAGAAGGUCAAAACCUUCAUAAACUUUUUUUCAAGGAUUUUCAUGUUGUUGUUUUUUUUGUUGUUUUUUUUCAAGUUAUUUAGAUUUGUCAAUUUUUAACACAUUGUUAAUAUAAGAAUUUGCAUUGUCAUUGUGAACAAGCAAAAAUGUAGAUUUAAGGUUUUUGUCUGACCGUGACAAUAUGCAGUUUGCUCACUGUAUGUUUACCACAUUAAUCCCAUUGCUCUUUAGAUUUCUUUAGUUCACUGAUUAAGAUUAAUACAAGCUAAACAUAUUGCAUAUCUGAUCAUGCCAGAUCUUGUACAGUGUAGGGGUGAAUGCAGUAAUAUGUAGAAAGUGUAUGACAUCAUGGGGGUGUUUUGUUUAUGCUGAAUUACUUUUAUUUCCCUUGGUGCUUCAUUUAAGAUUUGGUCGAAGCAGCAAGAGCACUAAUUCUGGCCAUUGUGUCUGUUUUAGAAUGAUCUAUGCAAAAUAUACAUCAAUAUUCAACAUUAAUACAUUAAUAUACUUUUUUUUUCACAUAUUUUAUUAAAUCUGUAAAUGUAUUUAUGAAGCUUCUUACAGCCAGCAUGCUGAUUUGGGAUCUGUCUCCUCUUACUUACAAAGACUGACUGACUAUUGACUGGAACAGACAGAUCCUAGAUCAGCACUCCAGCCCUGAGAAGCUCUAUAAAUUCAGGUCCAGAACACACAGCCAAGCUUUAGCUCCCUUCGUAAGCACUGAGUGAGUGAAAGAACCCUUUGCUUCAGUCCUGAGUCAUUGUUAUGCAAGUUAGUUCAAGACAACUGAGCACUGCUGUGCAAAGUCUGGAACAUCCUGUUUCUGAGAUUUGAUGUUAGGACAGUAGCAAGGUUCAGUUUUUUUUUUUAUUGAUGACUAUUUGUAUUGCAUUUUGUUGUGCAUAUGGGCAUUGUAAUCUUUUAAUCGUUGUCUUUCCACAAAUGGUGUUCUGCCCCCAGAUAUUAUCGUUAACAGGCAAGUCUCAGUUUUUAAAAAGUUAAUAUAAUUCUGUUGUAAGAAUUAUUUGCAUCAUGUUGAAAUGUUUGUUUAAAGUUUACCAUUCUAAGAUUUUAGUUAACUUUUGCUUUUAGUUUAAGAUUGGUUUGUACAUACUGCAUAUAUUUCCACACAAUAGAGUGCAAUGAAAUGACAAAUCACCAAAUUAGUUUGUCUUUAACCUCCCUAUUUUUGAUUUAACUGCUUUUAUGAGAUCAGUAUCAUAUGUUGUCUCAGAUACGAGUAUGAAUUGGUCCUUUUGGGACACAUUUACAAUAAACAUCUGAAUUCAUCUUUUAGUUUUUAACUCAUUCAACUAUUGAUUUUGUUUCUUUCAAACAAACACAACCCAGUGUGACACAUUUAGUUCAGGCUAUAGCAUGUUAAGGGUUGUGAGCAUCAGAGCAAAUGUGCAAAGGGUCAUCAGAUGAGGAAACAAAUGCUUCCAACAGACUGCUUUUGAUACCCAAAGUGUGAGGACAAAAUAUAAAGGAUCUGUAUUUUUACGGAAUGUAUAAUGUGAAAAUUCUCAUAUGCUUGUUUUGUACAAAGUAUUAUGUAUUAUGGCAAAGUAAUAACUUUUUGAAUUGAAUUAAGCAAUAUAAUAUCAGUGAAAUCUUCA